GCUGGCUUUAAUUCGGCUUUUACGCUGCUCAUUUAUAUGUAUCCCGGCGUUUCGUGGCCUUCUUUCGGGGCUCUGUUGCCAUUUUAACCCUCAGCGGCCGAGAAGCAGGGUAGAAAUCAAGUAACCGAAACCGCAGGCCGCGUUUGCACAACGUGGGGCGCGUUUGGACGAGCCACCUCCAGGGUCCAGCCAGCCUGGGACUCCGCGGAAGAGGGGCGCCACCAACCCCCUCCCGCCCCCAUCUCCCCCCUCUUUGCAGGCGGACAUGGAGGUCCCCAUUCCCAAGUACUUUCUCCACGAGCGCGCCAAGAUCCUCCAGGACCGCCAGGACCUGUUGACCGGGCUCCUGAAUCAAAUGGGGCCCACCAAGAGUCAAGUGGGGUCCGCCGUGAGUGCCCCCUCCCUGGGAACGGGCCUCUGAUCGGGCGAAGGGCUCCUCCUGGCGCUGCCGGUGCCAGGCUGGACUUGGACCCGAGGAGGAGGGGAGGGCGGGUCUGCAGGUUUUUCCUGGGGGGCGCCUGGCGCAGGGCCCAGACCGCUGGAGCUUUCUGCACUCGCUCACGCCCUGCCCGGCCGGGAUCCUUGCCCUCCGGUUCCCGGAGGAGCCCGGCGUGGCGGCCAGCGGCGUCCGACGGCGCCCUGCGCUGGGGCUUCCCGUGGCGGGCGCUGGGGCCCCGUCUGAAAAGGGCUGCCCCCUUCCCCCAGCCUCCGCGGCCCAGCAUGCCGCGGGAGGAGGCGGUGCGGCUGAUCCAGAUGGCCGAGCGGAUGCGCCAAGGCCGCCUGCGCGCGCGCUUCAUGUGGGAGAUCCGGAGGGACGAGGAGCGCGAGAGGAAGGUGCGCGAGAGCGGCUUCUAUGAGCCCAACCGAGACGUGGCCGCCAUCACCAUCCAGAAGAUCUGGAAAGGGUGCGUGCAGCGACGACUCAUUAAACUAUCCCGGCAGAUGGAGAUGGUCUUCCUUGGCAUGGAGCUGGAGCCGGAGCUGGCGGGCCCCACGCCGGCCAUGAUCCGGGCGCAGCUGGGCGAGGAGCUGCGCCGCAUGCGCCAGGCGGACUACGAGGCCGAGUACCAAGUGGCGCUCGACAACAUCCGCGACACCAUCUACGAAGUGGAGGGGCCCAGCAUGUGCGAGGCGCUCAAGGACCAGCUGCGCCAGUGGUUCAUCGAGUGCCGCGACCUGGUCGGCUCCUUCCCCGACUACCCUGAUGAGCAGAUGGGGGGCUGCACUGUCCUCUUUGCUCAGAAGACCCCUGAAGAGGUGCAGAAUGAGCUGGAGCUGGCAGAGCUGAAGGCAGAAAGCAAGAAGAAGGAGAAGAAGAAGGAGGAGAAAGACAAAGGGGAGAAGGCGAAAGGGAAGGAGAAGGAAAAAGGGAAGGAGAAAAAGAAAGCGGAGGAAGACGAAGGCCUGCGGCUCCACCCCUCCAAGUUCCUGCCAACCAUCAACCAGGGCUACCUGCGCUACACAGGCUGCUGGAGUGACCAGGAUGAGGCCAUCAACUUUGAGCAGCGCUACCAGGAGGACCUGAUCAAGGUGGACAAGCGGAAGGAGGUGGAGGAGGAGAUUCGGCUGCAGGUGGAUGAGCUGAUGCGAGAGGAGCUUCAGCAGCUCAAGCUGGCCAUUGACCAGGAAGUAGCAAGGCCGGUCAAGGCCAAGGCCAAGAAGAGUGCCAAGAAAAAGGGGAAGAAAGGGAAAAAGGAGAAGGACCUGACACCAGACAGGACCCUCGAAUCCCUCUAUGAGGAGCUUGUGCGCGAGGGUAUCAUUAAGAAGCCACAGAAGGUGCAUCUGGCCGAUUACACAGGUGACUUCUGCUACCUAGGCACCUACCUCCGCCAGCAGGAGAUCGAGCCAAUCCCCUCCACUUUGGACGUGCGCCAGAACAUUGCCCUGUAUGCUGUCCUGCGCCUGGGCUCUCAGGCUGUGCAUGAGAUGGCCCCCCUGGUGAAGUCCCUCCUCCUGGCCGGUCCAGGGGGGACUGGGAAGAAGAUGCUGGUCCACGCCGUGUGCACAGAAACAGGCGCCAACCUUUUUGACCUCUCCCCAAGGAACCUGGUUGGGAAGUACCCAGGCAAGGCCGGCCUUCAGAUGAUGAUCCACCUGGUGUUCAAGGUGGCCCGUCUGCUGCAGCCAUCCGUCAUCUGGGUGGGGGACACAGAGAAGACCUUUUACAAGAAGGUCCCCAAAGAGGAGAAGGAGCAUGACCCCAAGCGGCUGAAGAAGGACCUGCCCAAGGCGUUGAACCUGCUGAAGGCUGAGGACCGCGUCCUCCUGAUGGGAACGUCCAACCAGCCCUACCUGGCCGACAUCAAGGGCCUCUGCAAGACCUAUGAGAGGAUCCUCCUCAUCCACCGUCCAGACUAUGCCUCACGCUACGUGACGUGGAAGCGGCUGGUCGAGAGGCACGGCGGGGUCGUCACCAGCACCCUGGACCUCAGUGCGCUGGCGAAAGUGUCAGACGGCUACAGCCAGGGCAGCAUGGCUGAGGCGGUGAAGUCCGUGCUGAGUGAGAGGCGCCUCCUGCAGCUCCCCAAAAGGCCGCUGAACGCCGGGGAGCUCCUUCAGAUGCUGGCCAGGGCAGACCCCAUCUACCCCGCGGAAGAGGCCAUGCUCAGGGAUUGGUACAGCAAGACCCCCCUGGGCAAGAAGAAGAUGCUGGCCGAACAGGAGAAGCUCAGGGCAGCCGAUGCGAAAGACAAGAAGAAGAAGAAGAAGAAAUAGGAGGGGAGAGGGGAGGGGAGGGGGAAGCAGACACUUUGCAGCUGCAGCAUAAAUGAGUUACGUGCAAAUGCUGGCAUGGUGCACGUGUGUGGGGAAGUGGGUGUCUGCGACCCCUAGGUGUGCUCCCGGGAAUCAUGGAAUCGUGGCAUUGGAAGGGUCCCCCAAAGCACAUCUAGUCCAACCCCUGUCAUGCAGGAAUCUCAACUGAAGCAUCCAUGACAGGUGGCCAUCCAGCCUCUGCUUAAAAACCUCCCAAGGCAGGACAGUGUGCGCAGGGGCCAUGGGAGACACGUAUGGGUGCAGGAUGAGGCCUGGACAACCUAUCAUUGGUAGGGGACUCAGCCCACAGGAGGACUGGCUUGCUUCUGGGCAGGUGGGCUUCAUGGUCCAAAGCGGUGAACUGGGCCUACUGACCACAAGGAGUCCUGGAGGCCAAGGGGCGUCAGUUCAGGGAGCUUGAGGGACAGGGGCUGCCCUACACCGGGAGGUCAGGUCUGAUACAUCUCCCUGGCCUUGGACCUCUCCAGAGUUAGGCCUGCAGGACCCCAGGGCUGGAGCUGCUCUUCAUCCUAGCUCAGGCCAGACUGAUUUGGAAGCUACGUGAAAUAGCACUGGGCAGCCCCCUGCCCCCCAGGAGAGUGAUCUGGGGCUGACCCUUGAGCCACACCCGGCCCCUGCCCUAGUUUCGGGACCUUCCAAUUCCAUUGAUUAAAUGGGGAGUCAGGCACAGGGCAAUCUGGGGCUGCCGCAGCCCCACCCAGGCAAAUCAGCCUGAAACUGCCCCACUCAGUUUGUGCUCUGGAAUCUGGCUGGAUCCGGUGCGCAGCCUAAGCACUUAGCCAUCUCCUGGGGGCUGGGGAGGCACCGGUCUUGUUCUCUGAGAAAUUGGCUCUGCAGGGGGGAAGUGGCAAAACUGUCUGGGGGGUUGAAGUACUGUGUAUUGUGAUGCCGUUUGGGGUCAAGCAGGGGGGGGGAGGGGGCUGCCUACAGAGAGCAGGUCCUCCUCCUCAAGUAGAACACAGAAUCUUGGAAUGGUAGAGUUGGAAGGGACCUUGAGGGUCAUCUAGUCCAGCCCCCUGCAAUGCAGGACUCUCUUGCCCAGUGGGGUUUGGACCCACCACCCUGAGAUUCAGAGUCUUGUGCCCUCCUUGGAGCAAGCCAGAAGGCGAGUGGCUCUUGACUUGACUUGUCGCAGCCGCAUGCAGAGAGAAGCUAUAAUCAUAGAGUGAGAAAACAACCAAGUUGCUUGUUGCAGUGUGGUGUAGUGGUUAGAGCACUGGACUAGGGCACAGGAGAGAGCAGGGAUCAACCCCCCCCAGUAAAACAUGAAGCUCACUGGCUGACCCUGGGCGAGUCACUCAGCCUAACCUACCUCAAAGGGUUGUUGUGGGGAUUAAAUGAGGAGGGGGAGAGCCAUGUGUGCCACCUUCAGGUCCCUGGAGGGAAAGGUGGGAUAGAAAUGUAAUAAGCCAAUUUGGAGAAGGAAGUUUCUGGGACUAGCCUAACCAGCUGAUCUGGUGGCCCUGAGAGAUAGAGAGAGAGAGAAAGAGGGUCAGCCUAAGAGGUUGAAGAUACAGGGAUUGUCUGGAGGCCCCUAACUCACUCACUCUUAACAGGCCUCUUCUGCAAACUGAGUCGCACCCAAACUGCCAACCUCUUGCCCCCAGGCUGGAGAAGCAGUUGUGCCACUUUUCAAAAAGGGAGCCUGAAAUGUUGGGGGAACUUUUGAGGAAAGUGCAGCAGUGCUAGUGGAACGAAGGGGGGAGGGAUUGGGAGUGUGUUAAAGGGCACCAGCCGAAGCGCCUGCCAAAAAACUUUGCAGAAUUGUCCUGCCUGGAGCUCUGGGUGUCCUCUUGCUUCAAUCUGUUGUGUGCUUGAUUGGAAAUAAAAGACAUGGAUGUCCUUAAAUAGAA